AUGGCACCAUCCCAAUUAGAAAUCAAAAUAAGGUCUUUACAGAGACUCUUGAAAGAGGAAAAGUACUAUCAGCAAGAGCUUCAGGAACAGAAAGACCACGUCAAAAGUCUGGAAACAAGUGAGACCGUGGACCCGUACGAUCUGAAAAAACAGGUGGAAGUCUUGCAAGAUACGGAAAGACUGCUACCAGCGUUGUACGAGAAAAUUGGACAAUUCAAAGCAGACUUGGAACAGUUUUCCGAGACUUACAACGGAACAGAGGACCUGCAACCGGCCAAGACUACUUUGAAAGAAGCUGACGCCCUUUUGGCUAGAAAAUGA